GCUAUCUUCAGCCACUUAAUCAUCUUCUCCCUCCCUCCUAUCAUUACCCGUCGGCCGAACAAAUCAUACACCAGCUCCCUCUCUCUCUCUCUCUCUCUCUGAUUAUAUAUACUCGGGGGGCGAGACUUCACUGGGAAGAGUGCCAACUGAGAAGAUGAUCCCAACUCACUAAAAUCUCCGAAAUUUCAGAGAAAAAGUGUGCUUGGAUUAGGUUAGAGAGACUAUAGAAGGAAAAUAACGAGAGAGAUGGGGUCCGAGGAUACCAACACUAGCACCAAGAAGCCUCCGCCUGCUUCUCUCACCUUGCUUCUUUCCACCAAAUGCUUCCCUAUCAAGCCUUCCUCGCCAGUGCUGCCGGCAUCGAAUUCUCCAGAAAACAAGGGCUCCGACGAAGUGAACGGGCAUGGGGCAGCUUCGCCGCGCCUCAGUGCAAAGGCAACUACCGCCGCUGCCAUCCGAAAGAAGCCUGGCGGAUGGAAAGCCAUGCCUUACAUCUUAGGAAAUGAAACAUUCGAGAGGCUGGCAACGUUUGGACUGCUCGCGAACUUCAUGGUCUACCUGGUCAAGAUGUAUCGCAUGGACCAGGUGGCUGCCUCCAACGUCAUCAACAUCUGGAUGGGCGUCACCAACUUCGCUCCGUUGGUCGGCGCUUUCAUCUCCGACGCCUACGCCGGCCGGUUCCGCACCAUCGCCUUUGCAUCCUUCGCCUCUUUUCUGGGCAUGCUGACGAUGACCCUGACGGCUUGGCUGCGGCAGCUCCACCCUCCGCCGUGCACCGCCCCGCCACAGUCAAUGAUGAACGCCUCCCACCCGCCGUGCGUCAGCCCUUCAGGAGGCCAGCUGGGGGUGCUCUUCCUGGGCCUCGGCCUUCUGUCCAUUGGCACUGGCGGGAUCAGGCCGUGCAGCAUCCCCUUUGGAGUCGACCAGUUCGAUCCUGCCACUGAGGAAGGAGCGAGAGGGAUCAACAGCUUCUACAACUGGUACUACACGUCGUUCACGGUCGUGUUGCUGAUAACUCAGACGCUAGUCGUCUACAUCCAGGACUCGGUGAGCUGGGUCAUAGGUUUCGGGAUACCCACGAUCCUCAUGCUCUGCUCCAUCGUGCUCUUCUUCUUCGGGACGAGGAUCUACGUGCACGUGAAACCCGAGGGGAGCGUGUUCACCGGGAUCAUCCAGGUGUUCGUGGUGGCUUUCAAGAAGCGGCGGCUGAGGGUCCCGGAUGCCAAAGGUGGCGGGUCGGAGGUGGCGAAGGUGGCAUACUACGACCCGCCGGUGAAGGACGCGGCGUUGCUGUCCAAGCUUCCGCUCACGGAUGAGUUCAGGUGCUUGAACAAAGCGGCUAUGAUCCUCGAAAACGACGUGACCGCCGAAGGUGGGCCGGUGAGCCAGUGGACCUUGUGCAGCGUCCAACAAGUAGAGGAGGUCAAGUGCCUCCUGAGGGUUGGGCCGAUUUGGGCGGCCGGCAUCAUCUCCUUCACGGCCAUGACCCAACAGGGCACGUUCACCAUCUCUCAGGCGUUGACGAUGGACCGCCACCUUGGCCCGAGGUUCCAGAUCCCGUCCGGCUCGCUCGUCGUGAUAUCAUUCCUCACGAUCGGGCUGUGGCUCCCCUUCUACGACCGCAUCCUCGUGCCUGCCCUGAGGAAGGUCACCGGGCACGAGGGCGGGAUCACGCUCCUCCAGAGGAUCGGGAUCGGGACCGUCUUCUCGGUCCUGUCGAUGGUGGUCGCCGGCCUGGUUGAGCGGGACCGGAGGGCCCAUGCCAACUCACACCCUGGCCAGCCGCCAAUCUCAGUCUUCUGGCUGGCGCCGCAGCUUAUCCUCAUGGGCUUCUGCGAGGCCUUCAACAUCAUUGGGCAAAUCGAGUUCUUCAACCGGCAAUUCCCGGACAACAUGAGGAGCAUCGCAAACUCCUUGUUCUUCUGCUCCUUCGCUGGCUCAAGCUACCUCAGCAGUGUGGUGAUCGCGGUGGUGCACCGGGUGACCGGGGGAGACGGCCGGCCCAACUGGCUCGUUAAUGAUCUCAAUGCCGGGAGAUUGGACUAUUACUACUAUCUUCUGGCGGCAAUGGGGAUCGUGAAUUUCGGAUACUUCUUGGUCGUCGCUCAUCGAUAUCGGUACAAAAGUCCUCUGCAGCACAAUAAACCCCAUUUCGAUGUUGAGCUGAGCAGAGCGACCGAUGUAUAGAAUGAGAGCGGCAACGUAGAUUUAGUAGAUGGAGACGCCGAAUGAAUAAAAUGUCGCAGAGCUAUUAUCAGCUUAAUUUGCCUUAGUAGACCUACUUCAAUAUGGUCAUGAAAGAGUAUGUAUUACACUACAUGUGCCCUAUUGAAUCUACGUAUUAUGUUGUCCAUCGUCAACAUGUGACUAUUGCUCCAUUUUCCGA